AUGGCAGAAAUGGCAGAGACUAUAUUAGCACUGUACAAGAUUAUACCUGAAUACGUUCUUGGUAGUCUCCCAGUCAUUGCAAUUAUGGGAGAUUCGCCCUAUCGUGUCUUGGAUGCCCUUUUGAUGGACUCUUUCACUCCCUCAACGUUGGAGAUAAUUCCAGCAAUUUGGAGAAGAGGAUUUUACGGGAUUCUAAUAGUCAAAGAUCCUAGCGAUGUUUUUGACAAGAUACAAAUUAUUGUGGAUAACGAUCCUAAAGAUAAACUUAAAUUUCAUAAAUGUGUAACCAUUACGAUAAUUAAUAGUUUAUCCUUGGAUGAUAGCACUUAUCGUCUACUUUACACCCCUGGAGAAAGUGAUUUAAUCAUGUCUGGGAAAGGGUGGUUACAUGUUUGGUUUUUCACAUGUAGUUUUAUAGUAGCAUAUCUCUUGUUAUUUUUAGGUAUCUUUACCGGGUAUAAUACAUUAGGGUUGAUUUAUUCGGGGAUGCUUGUGAUUUGUAGAGCAUAG